AGUUUCCGUGCAUGUGAUGUUAGUUCGGAAAGAAAAAAAAAACAAGAUGGAUUCGAGUGAUUUGUCGGAUGAGCCCGCGGAGAAGCGAGCAAAAAUGGCUUGUCCUUCUCUUCCGGCGUCUGUGAGCAUUCAAGAUUUCCUGACUUCGCGGGAAGCGGAAAUCCGCGUCGUCGUGGAUCUUCUAGCCGGAGACAAAAACAAGAAGAUGACGGUUGCUCAGCGGGAAUUGCCGUUUGCCAUGAGGAGACGAGCCAUGAGCCACAAUGUGAAACGGUAUCCGAAGCGACUGAGAACUCCAGCAUUGAAAAACACUGUUUCGAUGGCAAAGAAACCCAAGCGACCGAGUAAAAAGUACCGGCAUCGAGCCUUCAACAAAGUGAAGGAAUUCGAGAAGAGGCAAAGGAAGAGUUUAUGGCUCGAAACCCACGUUUGGCACGCGAAACGCUGCAGAAUGGAGGUCAUGUGGGGCUACAAGGUCGCCGUCGCCGUGAGGUCGAAUGACAAGAUCUACAGGAGUUCUUACAGGGCCAUGAAGUCUCGGGAUUCCUGCGUCAUGGUGGAUUUGUCAUACAUGGUCUGUAUGGAAUUGAGUGGCCCAAAAGGCCGACUGGAGGCCCAACUAGAAAGCGUUUUUCUUAACUUAUCCGUGAAUGACUGUAAAGGGAAAGAAGUCGUCUAUCACCUUUUUUCCGAGGAUGGACGCUUGAUUUCGCCUGUGAAUUUGUUGAGGAAUUGUCACGAAGACGACGACUCCUACUGGCUCUGGACUCACCCGACUUCUCACGAGCAAGUGCUGGAAAGACUCAAACGCGUCUUGAAUCUCGACGAGGACAAGGUUCCCUCAACCGAGCCCGAGACGGAUGAAGAAAGCCGAGGGAAACUUUCCAAGGACCGGGUCAAGUUGAAGAAGCUUUUGUCGCAACCCGUUUUCGCGAACCCGGAGACUGGGAUCGAGAUUCGAGUUCUCAAGGACAACCUGAACCGCUUUCGCUUUAUCGGCGGUGGAUGUUCGAGUGUGUUUCAGCGAGUUUUGCAGCCUGUCGCGAGUCUGGGUGAUUGUGAAUGGAUGCUUGAUGCCGGUGGACGAGAUGAUAAGCAACCGAACGGAGACGUUGUUCGAGCCCUCGAAGAGAAGACG